UCCACAGAAAUCCAACGUUCCCAUACCAUCUAAAACGGUAUAAAACUGAACCAACCCAAAUGCCCACAAAGUCCAUCUUCAGCUUGCUGGUUUUCUUAUUCAAAAUCAAUCAAACGCCAACAGAUCUCUGAAACCGUAUUCCAGGAGUCAAAGUUUCUGUUCAGUCUUCCACCCCUUAUAUAUAAAGAAAUCAGUUCAUUCCCAUGGAACCCAAAUUAAGGUAUAGUACCAGAAUUUCUUUACUACCAAGAUGAAAACUUGUUGGUUUGUAUUCCACUGUACUAGUUUGUUUCUUCUCCUUGUUCCUCCAUUAUGUAGUUCAGGAGCAGAGGUUGUUACUGUGGAUGUUCAUGCAGCUAAAGUCCUCCUCCAUUCUGGCUACCGCUAUCUUGAUGUCCGGACUGAGGAAGAAUUCGAGAAGGGUCAUGUAGUGGAUGCUUUGAACAUUCCUUAUAUGUUCAUCACCCCUGAAGGUAAGGUGAAGAAUCCCAAGUUUAUGGAGCACGUUCUGUCCGCUUGCAAUAAGGAAGAUCGUCUUGUAGUGGGCUGCCAAAGUGGCGUAAGGUCUGUGUAUGCAACCACUGAUCUUCUUAAUGCUGACUUCAAGAAUGCGUGUAACAUGGGAGGAGGCUAUAUUGAAUGGGUCAAGAAUGGAUUUGCUGUGAAGAAGCCUGAACCUGAUACUGAGCUCUAAUUGAUGCACCCUCUUAUACGGGAAAUCAGAAUGAGGGCUAGUCCAGGACUCCAGAAAAAAAAAUAUUCGUGAUUACUAGACCAAGAUUUGAUGACUUAUCAAAGAGGGAAAAACACACACAGAGACCAAGAUUGGUUGAUUGUGCUUGAUGCAAAUGAAAAGAAAUCGCACGCUUUGAUUGAUCAAUGUUAUGUCAAAUUACAUGUUUGAAGUUUAUAGUAUUCUUCUUAACUUUUGUUAAUAGAAAGCUAAUGAGCUUUGGUCCA